GGACCAUUCAAAAACUGCCACGUAAUUGCAGAUGGAAACGUGUAUUCGCAUGGAAUCGAAGCAGUUUUAAUUCGAGCCACCUCUCCUAUUUUAUAUUCUUUUUCAUUUUUUCACAGAACGCCUUCUUCUCCGCGUUGCCUCUGCAGUCCACUAAAGAUUUGCGAACCAGAUCUUAAUGAAUUCAAGAAGCACUGUUGCAUCCACAGUUUCCUGCCAAUCGGGAAACAAGAACGACUUUCUCUUCUGGAUUUUGGCUUGCUUGCUUCCAAGUUUCCUCGGAACCCUUGUUGCAUACGUUAACUUUCAGUUGUUUAAGGCCAUUGUACGGUGCCCCUCUUCAUCUAUUCGCAUCUUGGAAUCUUUACAACUAUAGCCUCAAAGGCUUUUUAGAGUAAUCUGCGUCAUUUCUUAAAAGCAGCAUGGUUUCCUCACACUUAUCUAGUUUAAAUGGGUCCCGCUUGCACAAAGGCUUCCAGAAUCAGUUGCUUUUUUCCACCGGACAACCUGAUACACCGACCUCUGAUCAUCUUGAGUUUGAUUUCUCUGAUGUGUUUGGACCUGCUUCAGUUCAAGCCUCAACUGAAAUCAGCACAGAGAAUCCCAAAAAUCUGAUUGUGGCAACUGAAUCAAAUGAACUGCUUUAUGAUGAUCCAGCUGUCAUCUGUAGCCGCUCCCACUCCUUGGUUGGCCCCUCAACUUAUGUUAGCCAGUCAUUGAAACAUAGCAAGCUUACAUUACGUGAAAUAGGGGAUUCCUUGGAACUUGUAGAAGGAGCUAGGGAAGAGGCUCAAGAAGAGCUUAGGAAACCAUCAAUUGAUGAUGUUAUUCCGGAGAACCCUCAUGGUCUCGUAGAGAGCCAACACCAGUCUGUAGGACUCAAAGAUUUUGAAGUUUUGAAGGUUGUUGGCCAAGGUGCUUUUGGAAGGGUUUAUCAAGUAAGGAGGAAUGAUACCUCAGACAUAUAUGCAAUGAAGGUCAUGCGCAAGGAUAAGAUUAUGGAGAAAAAUCACGCUGAGUACAUGAAAUCUGAGAGGGAUAUAUUAACAAAAGUGGAUCAUCCCUUCAUUGUGCAGCUCAGAUACUCCUUCCAGACCAAAUAUAGACUGUACCUUGUGCUUGACUUUGUUAACGGGGGGCAUCUUUUCUUCCAGCUUUAUCGCCAGGGCUUAUUCAGGGAAGAUUUGGCUCGCAUAUAUACUGCAGAGAUAGUAUCAGCUGUUUCUCAUCUCCAUUCUAAUGGUAUAAUGCACAGGGAUCUCAAACCUGAAAAUAUUCUUCUAGACGCAGAGGGACAUGUUAUGCUGACUGAUUUCGGCCUGGCAAAGGAAUUUAAUGAAAAUACAAGAUCCAAUUCCAUGUGUGGAACUUUGGAAUAUAUGUCCCCAGAAAUUGUACUUGGCAAAGGCCAUGACAAGGCAGCUGAUUGGUGGAGUGUGGGAAUUCUAUUGUAUGAAAUGCUUACUGGGAAGCCACCCUUUAGUGGUGGAAACAGACAGAAGAUACAGGAUAAGAUAAUAAAGGAAAAGAUAAAGCUGCCGGCAUUUUUGUCUAGUGAAGCACACUCAAUCCUCAAGGGGCUGCUGCAGAAAGAUGCAAGCAAGCGGCUUGGCAGUGGACAAGGUGGUAGUGAGGAGAUCAAACGGCAUAAGUGGUUCAAGUCCAUUAACUGGAAGAAAUUAGAAGCUAGACAGAUAAGGCCAAGUUUUCUCCCUGAAGUUGCCGGGAGCCAAUGUAUUGCGAAUUUCGAGGAGUGCUGGACUAACAUGCCAGUUCAUGAUUCUCCGGUUGCUAGCCCAACGUUCGGGGAGAAUCCAUUCAAAGGGUUCACGUAUGUGAGGCCUGCAGCCUCAUUUCUUAACAGAAAUGCUUGAUAUCGACUUCGGAGGUUCCCUGUUCACCUACUAUUCCUAUUCCCAAGUGACUGCAGAUGGCUGUUCCACUGGCAGCAGGCAUCUGUUCUAUCAUUUAAGUUUGAUGUUUGUCCAACUUGUCAAUUAUGAACUUUCGUAUUUUUAUCUUGUCAUGUUUGUUUCGCUAGUUAAAACAUUGCUGUCUGCUCUUAAAACAUGUUUGUUGAGAAAACACCAGACAAACUUGAUGUUGUUUUAAUGUUUCCUGAUAUGAAAAGCAAAUAUUUUUAGUUUCA